GAAGCCUCCCCAAAUGUCGUGCUUGGCGCCCGAGCAUCUUCAGCGCUCACGUUUGAAACGGAGCACACGACCUACACCUUCAACAAGAUUGUGAAUCCGACGACUUGCUGGGCAUAUGGACCGACUAUAGUCCCUGCGAUCAACCAAAAUCGCCACCCUUCCAACCCCACCCCUGGGAAAGCCGAAACAUCCGGCCGGGAAAGUCGGGCAAGAUGUUUUGUCUACGGUCUUGGGUUUUUACUCUUGCUUGCUUAACGAAUGCAUCACCCAUCUACGUCUUCCUCUUCCUCACAGCAACCUACGUCCUCCAACGACCCUGCGUGUACUGCUCGAUCCUCUUAUUUGUCCUCGUCUUCUCCCUCUACGACUUCCACGCCGACUGGUUCGAGCCAAGAUGGCAGUCAGCAACAUCGAUCGCAGGACCGCUCCUGGGAUGGAACGCAACGGUUGCAGAUGCACUGGACGGAGCAGCGAGUAUCGCAAUGUCCGCCUUGAACGGGACUGCUGGCUCGGUCGUAGGGGCAGGACUGGACAGUGCAAGAAAGAGAUGGACGGGCGGGUCGGAACUCGGGGCGUCCGCUUCUAUCAGUGGGUUCGAGUGGCUUAGGAAUCUGGUGGAGAGAAGGCAGUUCCGCAUACCAUGUGUGGAUGUGCUGGUGCGGCUUUGAAGGGUCAUUCAUGAAGAGCGUGUGAGCAUAGCGUUGGUAUUAGGGAUGAUGGCAUGAGCACGGCGUUUCAGCAGCAGCGUAGAGGGCGUUGCGACAUUCCUAGAGAGUCGUUAUAACGAUAGGGAGGACUGGAAAAGCCGUCUGUAUUUGUGAGAAGAAACGGUACAUUCUUCCCGCCAUCACACGCGCCCAUCUUCCAGCAAUCAUUAGCCGGCUCCCUGCCUAAAGUAGAUGGUAAAGCAAUCGUGUAGAGGAAGCAAUCAGGCUCAGGGCACGCGGGUACCUGCACCUGCCUAAUCCGCACGCUCCACAUGCACUCGCACCUUCCACUCCGAACUCCGACCUCCACAAUUAGUGAAAUACUCGGCCUUCUAGCUUCCAUCCAC